UAUUUUAAUGGAAGAAUCUACUGAUAAAAGACAGCAAUUAUCUUCGGAGGAUUUAAAUGCCGUAAUAGAUAGUCAAAAAAUUCAAAAAUCUGAAAGGAAAAGGAGAGCAAGAGAAUCAUCUACAUCCUCCUCCUCCACAUCUUCUUCUGGUUCGUCCUCGUCUGGUUCAUCAGGUUCCUCAACUGGAAGUAGUUCUAGUGAGGGAGAGGAAGGAGAAAUUAAAUAUAAAAGAAUUAAAGUUGUGGUUAAUAAUCCUUCAAGUUCUAUUGGAAGUUUACAACAAAAUGUGGAAAAAAGACAGUUGACUAAUACAGAAAAGAGACUUGAAACAGUUCCUCAAUUUUUAAUGAGAAAUCUGGGUAUUUCCGUUGAAAAUGAACUUUCAAUGAUUUUUAAAAGAGAUUUAAAUACAAUAAAUAAAUUGUUGAAUGGAAAACAAUUAACUGCUUUAUAUGGAAAGAAACCAAUAAAUUUUGUUUUUGGUGGAUUAACUUUGACGGGGGCUAAUAGAACAUUUGCUUUUAUGAAAGGGCCAACUGUACAACAAUAUAUUUUAAAGAAACAACAAAUUACUUUAAAACAUCCUGAAUGGCCCUGGUAA